AACCUUGAGGAACACCUAAAUUUACAGCUGAUUUGUCAUAAGACAAACCAUCCAUAGAGACAAACAUAUCUUUUCGACAGAUAAGAUCUAAACCAGGCCAGAACUUGUCCGUGUAGACCAAUUUGGGUUUCCAAUCUCUCCAAAAGAAUGUGGUGAUCAAUGGUAUCAAAAGCAGCACUAAGGUCUAGGAGCACAAAGACAGAUGCAGAGCCUUGGUCUGACACCAUGUAUUAUUGUGUUCUCAUGAAUCCUAAAACAGAGUUAUUUGUGUCCGAUUCAUUUUACAUGCUCCUCUUUAUCAACAUAAGGAGAUAAUAGUCAUUUGGGUAAGCCUCUUUUAAAUUGCAUAUGAAUUUGAGUUUGUUUGUUUAUUCAACCUUUUUUGAGUGUUGUGUUGGGAGGUUAACAUUAGUUGUUGAGUGUGUUAGCCAACAAUUGAACAUCUUGUAGUUGUGUCUAACACAGUGGGUGUAUCUCACAGCCAGUCUAUGUGUCUGAGAAAGUCGUGUGCUCUACAGACAGAAGCCUAUUUGAUUUUGUGUCAGAGACGAUGCUCAUGGAAACCACAAGUUGCAGCAGUGCAAACAAAAAUAGAGUGAGUACACAAGUUGUGACAUAUAGCACACUGCUUGAUUCAUGAUAAGAUCGGUAACGUGCAUUAUUUCUCGUUUGAUUGUUAUUAAUAUUAAAAGAACAAAGUUGUUUCCGGUUGAGGAGUAUGCUCAAAGGACCCCGGCCUAACUGUUUUCUGUGAGAUGGAACUGUUCAGGAUGCCAAUACUUCUGCCAGUUCUGGUCCUCUCUCAAGCCUUUCUAAAUCAAGACCACUCUGUUCCGGGGAACUUCUCUGGGUCGAGAGAGACUGAUGAGCAGCAGACAUCCAAUCCAACCAUAUCUCACCCCCCCAGGCUAUCUCAGCACUGCUCUGGGGUUGUCGAGGUGCUCCAUCGAGGGCUGUGGAGGCCAGUGACAUUUGACCUUGGGUCUGCAGAGUGGGCCAAAGUGGUGGAGGACAUAUGUACCAACCUGAGCUGCGGGGCAGUGUACGAGCGCCGACAGAAUUCCACAGCUACAUUAAACUACUCCAGCUCAACGUGUCUGAGCCAGUGUGUCUACAGAGACCUACUGGUGGAGAACUGUACAGAGCUCUCAUACACAGACUGCUCUAACCUGACUGAAAUAACCUGUGGGCACCAGGCCGUGCGAUUGGCUGGAGGCUCACACCACUGUGAAGGACGGGUGGAGUUGUGGAGAGAGGAAAAAUGGGGAACGGUGUGUGACGAUAGUUGGGACCUGAGAGAUGGGGGCGUGGUCUGUGCUCAAUUGGACUGUGGCUCUGCCCUAAAUGUGAGCGGGCAGGACGGGUCCUUUGAAGCGGGUGUUGGUCUGGUUCUCUUAGAUGAGGUGAACUGUGGGGGGAGCGAGAGGAACCUAUGGGAGUGUCCCUCCAUGGGGACAGUCAACGACUGUGGACACAAAGAGGACGCUGCAGUGGUUUGUUCAGGAAUUCCAUCUCGACCAGGCAACGAGACGGCAGAACAGAACACCCAGACUUCAACCACAGGCUCAGUUCUACUAGUCACCAGUGCAGAGAGCUGGUCCUCUCCUCCCACAGCUGCUGUCUGGGGCUGCAUCGCAUUGUCUAUAGCCCUCCUCCUCACACUCCUCUCCAAUGCUUCACUCUUCCUGUCUUACAGGAGGAGAGCUGCACUCCUGGUUCACCAAAGACAAGAUGGCCGCCUGCUGUCCAUCCAGUCUCAACACACUGGCCGAGGGGAGAGAGUCAACCUCCUCACUGUCACCACGGACACAGCUGAUUACACUCCACAGUACCUUUCCCAACUGCCCUCUCAGAAUGACACCGACGCCUCGUGUGACUCUGACUAUGAAAACUAUGACUUCAAUGACCAACCCUCUGUUGCCAUGGCUACUGCACUUGUCAGGGUCCUUGACAAUGGAGUAAGCACAAGCAGAGAACCAUGGGAAACCACGCAGACAGCAGGCACUUCUGACGCUCCUGAGAAAUAUAAUAUUGUUGCUGAGACAAUCAACGGCAUUGAGAGACAAAACCCUGCCACCCAAAGUCUGCAUUCGCUGGUGUCAUCCAGCACGUCUUCUGGGGAAUGCUAUGAGAACAUUGAGACACUGGAGAAGGAGCUGCUGGACUCAGGUCCAGAUUUGAGAGAAACUGCCCUCACAGACUUGAUCUGUGGAAGAGAGCCAUCCUUGGGAUCGAGUAGUAGUACAUCAUCUGAGGAAUCCUACUACAACGUGGGGAUGGCAGUGGAACAGCAUCUACAGUCAGAGAAUACCUAUACACAUUCCCCUGUGCAAUCAACCAGUACACACCAGGAUCAGCAACAGCCUGUGAACAGUAACUUCCACCUACUGAGCAAUCAAAAUCAAGAGAAUUAUGAGAACAUAGAAGUCCAAGAUGAAGAGGGGAUUGGUGAUGUUACCGUGAAGGAAGAUCCGGACCAGUCUCUUUCUGACAGUGACUACGAUGACAUAGCAAAUUACUAGCAUUUCAUCAAACAUAGCAGUGAAGUGAGAACUAUAAAACAGAGUCAUUUACAUUUUAGCAGAUGCUAUUAUCCAGAUAGACAUACAGGAGCAAUUAAGUUUAAUUGCCUUGCUCAAGAGCACAGACAUAUUUUUUUUUCACCUCGUUAGCGUGGGGAUUCAAACCAGCGACCUUUCGGUUCCUGGCCCAACGGUCUUAACCCCCUUCGCUUCUCCACUGCACAGAAAGACCAGCAUUGUGAACAAACAGCACUGUCACUGAUAUUGAUUCAUACAGUGACCUGAGCCACACAAAGCACAGUCAGUCAAACUUUUUAAACUUGAAAUUCAAUUGUGUUAAUAUUAUCAAGGAGGAAAAGCAACAAAAAUGAAGGUCAUACAACAUUUAUUCAACUAUGACUUGAUGUGAAUAGCCUAGUGUAUAAAUGCAUAUUCACAUGUUUUGCACAUGUUUUGCAAUCCAAAAUAUCUACUUCUGACUGGGCUAUCACAACAAAUGAAUGUCUUUGGAAGUUAAGCUUAUUUUUGGGGGGGCGGGGGGCUUCCCUAAUGAUGAAUGAAUUAGUAGAUAUUUAAUAAACUAUCCACAGACUACUUCAUUUGAUUAUAAUUCAUUUAUAAAGUAUCAACUACUAGACUGUCAGAGUGAAGCAAUGCUUUUAUGUUUAAUGUUUUUUGUCUAAAUGUCUAGCACAGAUGCAACAGGAAAGGUUUGGGUCAUUUAACUUCACACUAACCUCACCUUCAUACUAUACACAAUACAUGAAUGGUAAGAUCAGAAAUCCCUUAAAACAGAGAAUGCAUUUCACUCAAAGGGAUAGAAGAGGAAAUAAACAAAAGGACAAGUGAAUUAGAAACUAAGACAGAAGGAAAGGCUACAGAAAAGCAUGUAACAGCAUUGUAUAUGAAAUACUACCAGAUAAUGGAAUGUCUUCAUUACUAUUUUUUUUAAAAUUAUUUUUACAUAAAAGACUCAUUCAA